AUGUUAACGCCCUCAGGCGGUCGUCCCUUAGGCUUCACACCUAGGAAAGGUUGUGCACAUACUGUCGGUACUACUGGACCCAGCAAUCAACAAUGUGUUAGUAACGGUCCUGCAUCCGACGAAAAACUUUACGCUCUGACCGGUUUGGAGUAUGAUCAAAAUAUGCGCAAACCUCGAUCUCUUCAAACAUAUAAUACAAACCUUCCACUUCACUUCGUCCUUGUCAUCAAAAAUCAACCCUUCACGAACUCUUCACCUCAUUCAAGACAAGCACUCUACACUCGAAAAGCCGUCAAGAUGAGCUCUGAUAAUACUUCAAAACAUGAUGAUGCAAAAGAUACAGUGUCCCAAUCCACCCUUGUCAAAACAUCUGACGAGAAGAAAGAGAGUGUUCGUCCACCAACUCGACGUCGCAGACGCAAACUCAAAUUCUUUUCACCAUCAACAAAGGUCGCGGAUCUCUUAUCGGAAGCUGAGGAAGGACGAGUUUUAGAAAACCGACGUGUCUUGACCCUCAUCUAUUCGGCAAAAGACGACGACAACGCGCUUCAAGGCACUUCUAGCCGAGUACCUCUAGCUGCGACUGGUAUCUUAUAUCAAACUCCUUACAAUCAUGAUGAAAGCCCUUCGAUUUGGUUGCUAGCAAACCGAUGGAUAUUUUUACCAAGAUCAAGGCCGCAAUCACAAGAUGAGAGAUGCCCGACCCCAAAAGGUGUCAAGCAAAAACUGGAAGAAGACAUUGCUUAUCUAAAGGGUGUAGAGGUCAAAGAAUUGUCACACGAUGAAUUGUUUGAAGCACGCUAUUUUUUGAGAGAUUGGGUAGCUCAGCUAUCCCAAUCUAAUAACUUCUUCAAGUACUGGUCCCAACCUCAAUCAAAAGUUUCUUCAAUUGGAUCAAAUUAG